AUGACGGCUAGUUAUUCGGAGAGCAUUAUUGACCAGAUUGGCAAUACGCCGUUGGUGAAGUUGAAUAAGAUCCCGCAGUCUGAGGGUAUUGAAGCGACUAUUUUAUGCAAAUGCGAGUACUUCAAUGCUGGUGGUUCAGUCAAGGAUCGUAUCGCGCGCCGUAUGGUUCUUGAGGCAGAAAAGCAGGGGCGGAUCAAGCCCGGCUAUACUUUGAUCGAGCCCACUAGUGGUAACACCGGUAUUGGCUUGGCGCUUAUGGGUGCUGUUCGUGGUUAUCGCACGAUUAUCACCCUUCCUGAGAAGAUGUCCAACGAAAAGGUUUCUGUGCUGAAGGCGCUCGGUGCCGAAAUCGUUCGCACUCCCACUGAAGCUGCCUGGGACUCUCCAGAAUCACACAUCGGUGUUGCCAAGCGCCUUAAUGAGGAGAUCCCUAACUCUGUUAUUCUCGACCAGUACAGUAACGUCGACAACCCUCUGGCCCAUGAGAAUGGUACCGGUGAGGAGAUAUGGGAGCAAACUGGGGGUAAAAUCACCUACCUUGUUGCCGGUGCAGGUACUGGUGGUACAAUUAGCGGUAUUGGUCAUGCCCUGAAGAAGCACUCUAAGGAUAUUAAGGUUAUUGGCGCUGAUCCCAAGGGCUCCAUUUUGGCCGUCCCAGAAUCGCUUAAUUCCAGCGUCGAAUCUUACAAGGUGGAGGGUAUUGGCUAUGAUUUUGUUCCCGAAGUCCUGGAUCGCGACGUUGUCGACGAGUGGAUCAAGACUGAGGAUACGGAGUCAUUCCUACUUGCCCGUCGUUUAAUCCGUGAAGAGGGUCUGCUCUGUGGUGGGUCUUCGGGCAGUGCACUUGCAGCAGCCCUCAGAAUUGCCAAGGAGAAAAAACUCGGUAAGGACGACGUGGUUGUUGUUGUGCUGCCUGAUUCUUUGCGCUCCUAUCUUACCAAGUUCAUUGAUGACGACUGGAUGGACUACAACGGCUUUGUUACUCAACCGGGGAACAAGUCAGCUCCCAACUCCGGCUCUCGCUUCAAGGGUGCUACCAUUGCAGAUCUGCGUCUCAAACCUGUUGUAACCAUUCAGGCCAACAGCCCCGCAUCUGGCGCUAUUGACACCAUGCGUGACAAGGGCUUCGAUCAGCUGCCCGUCGCAAACGAGCAAGGCAAGCUUGUAGGUCUCGUUACAUUGGGUAACCUGCUCUCUUAUAUUUCCCGCAAUCGUGCUACUACUGAGUCUCCUGUCAAGGAUGUCAUGCUUGAUUUCCGCAAGCUGAAAUCGUUCGCCAAGCCCUCGCCCUCCAGUCUUGGAGCCCAGCCUCACGAGGUUGGCCGCAAGUUCACUGAGAUCACUAAAGACACUCCUUUGGAUGCUCUCAACAGCUUUUUCGAGCACAACUCUGCCGCCGUGGUUACUGAGCCUACCUCUGACGGUCACCACAAGGCCAUUCAUGUUGUGACCAAGGUUGAUCUGCUUUCAUACCUGGCCAAGCACUAA